AUGACAGAAGAUGCUGAUAAUUUAGAAACAAUAGAAGAAAUAUCUUCAAACGAUUCAGAAUAUUGUCCUCGGUGUUAUCCACUAUUUUCUGGUGAAAACAUUUUUAAUUUAGUCAAAGGAUUGUUAUUUUAUAUAUUUAGCUAUUCAUUGUGUUCGCGAUUGAUCACGUUAUUAUUGCUAUUACAGACAGCUGUAUUAUGGCUUGGUUAUUCAUUAAAUAUUGUUUUACAAUUAUUAUUUAUACCAUUUUUAUAUUCCAGUGUGGAUUCUAAACAUAACGUUAUAGUUUUUCUAGCAUGUGAUUUUAUAUUACCUGGUAUUAUAUCAUUUUCAUCUCAUUAUUUUUGGUUUAUCAUACAAUUUGCUUUUCAUUGUUAUACAAGUAAUGAAACUAGAGAAGAAAAAUUAAAUAAAAAAAAAGUGAAUAAAAAUGAUACUGAUGAUCUGUUAUAUUUUCCAGAAAAAAAGCAUAUUUACCGAUGUUUUAUUACAAUUAGUAUGGUUGUUUAUAUGACAUUUCGAACGUUCAUUAUGGAUGAAGAUCGAUUUAGAACUCUAUUUGCAUCAGUGGGUCUUUUCCCACUAUUUUUAAUGGGAAUUCUUCAUAUUGUACAUUUAUUUAGUAUUUAUUGUUUUGUUCGAAAAAGUAUCACAGAGAAGAUAAAUGCAAAUGUUUCUUCUCCGAGUACGACUAAUAAUGAUGAUACACAGUAUUUUCGUGCAUUUGUCAUAUUUACAGCUCUGACGAUCGCUUACAAUGCGCGACAAAGCGAAACAUACAGUUUAAAUGUAUUACGUUAUACUAUUAUUGGACUUUUAUUUUCUAGUUAUAUUUUACUAUUUAUUCAAACACCAAUAGAAAUGAUUCAUAUUGGUAAUAAUCAAAAAUGUCCAUGUUCGAAUAACAAAUCAACAGAAGAAAAAAUCUCAUUUUACAAACCGAAAGCUUUGAAAGUGAGAUUGAUCAAAAAAAUUAUUCAAAUAUCAUUAUCAAUGAAGCAAAAUCAACAAUAUCAUAUAUAUAAAUUGUUUAUAGUAAUUAUUCUUCAUGUUAUGUUGAUAUCAUUAAAUCAUAUUUUGUCACAUUUCUUUCAUCAACGUAAUUUAUUACUUAUAAAUAUUUUAAACAUAAUACCUAUUCUUCUUUGGGUACCACCAGUUUUUAAUCAACAAACAAAUCAAUGGAUUCUAAAUAUUCAAAUGUCUUUAGUUGGAUUAUUAAUAAUUUUGAUGCAUUUCAUAUCAUCAAUUGGUGUUGUGAUUUUAUUGCUUCUUAAUUCAUUAAGUAAUCGGAUGGCAGCAUUGUUUUUACUUGUUGUAUUGGCUUAUACAGUUGCAUUGAUACAUUAUUAUAGACAACAUUGGAUAAAAUAUUCAUCAUUAUCAAUGGCUUUAAAAAAAUGGAUCAAGAGUCAUGAAUCGACUGGUAUUUAUUUGCAAGCAUUUUCAAUAGUGUUUGUUUUACUUUCUAUAAUUGGAUUUUUGGGAUUUAGUUUUGCUUGCUCUAUCUAUGUAGAAACUGUGUACGAUAAAAGUAAUUUACCAUUGUAUCCAAUACAAUUAUCUGGUAGCUUUGAGAAGUUCAGCAAUGAUGAACAGCAGCGGCAUUAUAGAAUGCAAGCUUGUUAUUGGAAAUUUAAUAACUUUGAUAUACAAGAUAUGACGCUCUUUGCUGCAUUAGCUUAUGUGCCGAAAGCAGAAUUAAAAUCCCAAAUAAAACAUUUUUUUCCAAAUGAUCAAGUCGUCUUUGUUGACCAAUUUCAGAACUAUAAAGAAUAUGGUCAUGGCGAAAUAACCUAUUAUACUUUAGAUACACCUGAAACAGUGAUUGUUGUUAUACGUGGUACAACAUUAUCUUACGAAUGGCUCGUUGAUUUUGAUAUAUGGACAGAAUCAACAAUAAAUCAAAUGAUUUCAAUCCUAUUUCCAUGGUCAAGAUUAUAUCCACGAGGUGUUCAUAAAAUAAUUGUCGAAAAAAUGUCCUUAUUAGAAAAUUUCUUUAGUGAUAAAUUGACUCAAUCAUCAAAACGUUUUUAUGUUAAACAAAUGAUAAAACUAUUACGAGAGAUAAAUGUUAAAUUUAAAAAUAAACCAUUGAUAUUAGUUGGACAUUCACUUGGUGGUGGCUUAGCACAAUUAGCUGGUAUUGCUAUGAAUAACACAGUAGCUGUUGUAUCUAUUAGUGGACCGGGUAUAUCAAAUUCACGUGCUAAAUAUAGUGAAACGAAGGAUAUUCUGAUGGAAACAAUCAAUGAGCGUGUAUUUAACAUAAUAAAUGAUCGUGAUUUAGUUCCAUGGGUCGAUCCACAGGUUGGACUCGUUCAAAAGAUAACAUGUCCAAAUGAAUUUAGUAGGCUCCAAUGUCAUCAGAUAAAUCCAAUAUUAUGUAAUUUAUUGAAAAGUUGUGGAAAUCCAAGAAAAUUUAAAAUAAAUCAAGAUAUUUGUCGACCAUAA